AAUGCUGCAAGGAGACCAAGAUAAAACUAAUAUGGCAAAACGAUCCAUAGGAUACGCCCUCAAACACAAAAACAACCGAUUUGUUGUCGAGCCCAUCGUGGGAAUCGUGAAUCCAGCUUAUGAACCCGACUUGGGUGGAGAUACAUCCUCAUGCCGUGACGUCAAUCGAAAAUGGCGAGUAUAACUUAACACUAUGAAUA